AUUACGCAACGUGGGCGUAUUUGACGUCCGCUAGCAAAAUGGCGGCAUUUUUCAAGAAAAUAUUUAAGAUUUAAAAUAUUUAAUAGUUAUAAGGCUGCUAUUUCAUCAGUGGGUCAUACGAGCGAUAUGCUGACACAUUUGAACAUACAGCAUGCAACAAUUAUAAAAGAAAGCCGCGUUUUAAACCGCUCCAAAUUAAUCCCAGCAGCAGGAAGGCGAGCACGUCAUCUGAAUUCAACAGAGCAGCAUGACGUGGGACAGAUCCUGACCGGCUCCGAGGUCAUUCGUUGGCGCACCACUAGAUGGAGCCGACGUACCUGACUGGCUCCGAGCUUGCGUGCACGCCUGACCUGGCACGGUCAUAAAAAAAGAUAACAGGAAGAAAUGCUUUCAUGAGUGGCAUGACACUGACGUCAUUUGGGAAUGUGGACUCCAUUGUGCAAAAUAACUGAACCGAGGAAAGACUUUGGGAGACGUCAGAUUUGCAGAAAAUGCUGCGUUGUCUGUGCAGUUGCUGCCUUUCCAAGGAAAACGAGAGGCAGCCUCUCCUGCAGACCCGCCCACCUCAGCCAAAUGGAGCCGAAUCUGCCAGGAAAACAAGAGCAGUAACCUCUGAGCCACAGGCCGCCAAGCAGACAGGCAGACUGGUAAUGAGGCGGGUCUGCGUGCCAGACCUGGAUCUGAGGUUUUCUGAUUUGGCCGAGACCUUCAACGAGCUGCAAGGACGCUACGAGUCCAUGAUUGGACACAUCGGAAACCUGCAGAAGAAUUGCGGCUGCACUUUGAAUGAUGUGAACAUAUCCCACUGUGUGGGGAAGAUAUGUGAAGAACACAGGGACAAAUACACCGUCUCCUUGACGAUGAAGGGCUAUGACUUUUACCUUUCCGCGGCGUCCCGAGAGGGAAAUAACGAGCUCUCCGUGUCUCGAGCCGUGCGAUCAGCUCAAGUGGAGGUGAAGUGCCUCUCCGAGAACACCAAGGCCGCCAUAUCCAAGGGUACGACUCUUCAGGAGCUGAUUGGCUGGCUGCUCCGCAGCAAGGUACAGAUGGCCGAGCAGGUGAAGAAGGUGGCGGGGACUUACCAGGAGCAAGGAAGACUCAUGGAGAAUCUGGAGGAGAACAUGAAGGAAGUGAGUAGGGCGAAGGAGUUGUCGUUGAAAUACAGACAGCAUGCUGGAGAGGUCCUCUCCCAGGCAGCUCACAUUGCAGGCGCUCCAUUAUAACUCUAAUUAGUAAGGUACAAAAAAUGCAUGUAUUUACUUUAUAUAUGUCAAAACAUUGAUUUGUAGGAUUGCAUCAUGUUUGUUAAAUAAAUACUUUCGAACUCAAGUAUUAAUACAUACAAUACAUUUACAAUACAUUUGUUGAUCAUUUUCCUGUUGUUUUUGCACUUCCUUGAGUCAACACUAGAGGGUAGUAGACCUCCAUUGACAAUAGAGUCAAGUAAAAUGUAUAGUACUGUAAUAAUAAGGGUUAUUUUUGGUCGGUGUACCUACCGUUCAUUCUAUUUCCAAUUCUUAAACGCAAAUAAAAAAACACAAUCAGGGCCGUUUUUCGAUUUUUAUUAUACAUGGCAGAUUUUUUUUAAACAAACAAAAAAAGGGUUGAUUUUCAUUAAAAUAUUGCCAUAAAAUUGGAUUUUGUGCUGUUUUCCUUUUAUGGAUUUUUAUUUUUCCAGAUAAAAAUGCGUGGUUAUGUUUGAUGACAAAUUGAACCGGAAGCAGUAUUUUAGCUUUUCCUUCGCGUUUAGCAUGUUUUUAG